AUGGCUGACGAAUCUGCUAACUCCUCCGAACGGACCGUUCCCAAUUCAGCUAUCACGUCUUCUACUAGCUCUGCUAUUACUUCACUUUCUACUGCUCAUCACUUUAUCAGUAUUAAGCUUACCCAUAAAAAUUAUCUAUUUUGGAGGACACAAGUCGUUCCGUUUCUUGACGGACAUGGUCUCAUGUUGUUCGUAGAUGGAUCUCAUCCCGGUCCGGUGCCCUUCCUCCCCGCCGUCGACGGUGCCUCGCCGGCCCCAAAUCCCGAGCAUGCCACGUGGUUUCGGCAUGAUCGGGCUCUUAUGUCUAUGUUGAUCUCUUCUCUUAGUGAAGAAGUUAUGCACCUCACCGUUGGACGCCGUACAUCACGGGAGGUUUGGGAGUCAUUUGAACAGUUUUUGGCUUCCGUAUCUCGCGCCCGCUCGUUAAAUCUCUUUGGCCAACUCCAGUCUCUGAGCCAGGGAGAUUCCACGGUUGAUGAUUAUAUUGGUUGA